AUGAACAUUGGGUAUUCUAGCCAAGACAAUGAGGACAUCGUCAUGAUGCUUCAACAGCCCCAUGUGCGCCCAACAGGUGAGCAGGUGGCUCAUACUCACCGGCCAUGGGGUCAACAGACACGACCACUUCAAUGUAAACUACCUGAAGGCGGAGUUGCAUCAGACAGGAUCUACACCACUGACCAGCAGCCAGAUCAACAGCCUCCAGAACAUCCGGAGGGUUUCAUUGAGCUCAGACUUGGAGAUGUCAACCAAUGCCUCACAGAGUUACGAGGUAUUUGGGAACAUCAGACCAUUGAAGCUGAAGGUCAUCUACAAGUCAUGACCUGGUAUGCUGACACAGAACGCUGGCCACGUUGCCCAGAAGCUCGUGCUGUCCAGCUGCCCAGUGAUUUGUCCCAAUGGAUGACUCGGCUCAUUGAAGCUUGGGACGAUCGAGCAGAUCCAGAUGAAGUCUUCCAUCUUCAUAUGAUUCAGCCACAGCCACAGACAACUUUCUGGGAAGAUCAUCCAGCACCACACGUUUUGGUGAUCCAGCAACCAAUGCCAGAUCGACGAAGUCUCCAUUUUACUGCUUCCAACACAGAAAGAUCUACCUCCCAACCUUUGCAAUUCGUUGACACUCUUGCGCACCCAGCGACGCAGAGCAGCGUUUUACAGGCAGCAGGAUGGGAUGAUCAACUUGGACUCCUACAUCACAUUCAGUAUGAGAUUUGGUGGGGAAAUGACAUCAUCAUGCAGGAAGGCUUUGCACAUCUUCGUAAUGGCAAUGCGCUCACUGUGAUUGCGCGACAUCUCGAUGACAACAGCCCACAUUCUUCCAUAGCUUCAGCAGAUGCCACGGAAAAUCAUGUAUCCCUGCUGCAGAUCCAGGCAGUUCGUCAACCAGUCCAACUCACCUUGGAAAACCUACUGCCCAUUGAGGAGGAGGAGAUUGACUACCAGACUGCGGAGACAGCAACAGUGGCCAUUCGCCUCAUCAAGGGUGCAGAGAUAGCGAAAGUGAUGACUGAAGUUGACCUGAUGAGCUUUUUGUACGACUGUGGUUAUUGGAGAGCACCCAUCCAAUCAGUAGAGUCUCUUGCGCCGGGGCUUUUCCGUGUCCAGUUCCUGAAUGUGCAGGUUCAACAAGUCCAACACACCAUUUGCAGCCGAGCCAAACCAGCAUGGCCGGUCUGCACCCACCUGAUUGGAGCACGAGGGCCUUACUUUACUCCAACAACUGAUGUAGCUGGCGAUGAUUGUGUCAUUGGUCUGGGCAUUGCUCUUUAUGACUUCAUGAAACUGUUCACGUCCGCAGACGACAUCUUAUGCCGAGAUCCAGCAGGACACGAUUUUCCAGAAGUGACCAAGGCAGCUCUCAAGAUGAGUGCAUCUACGUGCCUUGAUGACUAUGAUCGCAUCAUUGUGUACACAGAUGGAUCUUCCAAGGCGAAGGACAGGCACGGACCGCCAAUCUGGAAUGACGAGCAAGGCCAUGGAGAUUCCUGGGCUUUCGUUGUGGUAGGGGAGACCCUGACUGAUGAAGAGCACAAAGUCGAAGUAUUAGGUUGGACCACACAGCCGGUGAUCUACGACCACCAAAGCGACCAUUUCAUUGGUGCUGAUGGCAUAGGAUCGUACCUCGCCGAGAGGGAAGCCUUAGCCUGGGCUGCCAUGUGGCGGCUCGCUCAGAAUUCCAGAGUGGCGGAUGGGCUACCUCCUCUUUGCGCAAAUGGGCUUCAUGCACCCACUCCUCAGCUGCCACCGUUGUCGAAACCCAAGCGGUGCACGGUGCAGGCCAAUUCCUCUCACAGAGCAGGCAACUUUCAUUUGAGUGCUGGCACGGCCAAUGUCACCUCGCUCUACAAUGGACCAUGGGGUCAUGCUGGGAAGACUGACUAUCUGAGGCAGCAGUUUAUCUCCCACAAUUUGAACUUCCUUGGUUUGCAAGAAACACCGGCGCCAGAGACAUUUGGACAGGUUGAUGGAGUGCUACGGCUUGGUUCAGGUUCUGCAAAAGGACACUAUGGCACUGAACUAUGGGCGAACCUCAAGAUCCCUUAUGUAUGGAUCGGAAGACAGGCACACUACUUGAAGCCUAAGGACUUUCAAGUUCUUCAUCGCGAUCCAAGAAUGCUUGCAGUCCAGAUUGAAACACCCUACAUGAAGCUCAAGAUUCUAGUAGGGCAUGCCCCACAUUGUGGUCAUUCUCUCCAAGAGCGUGAGCAAUGGUGGCACACAUUCUCCAAUCAUGCAAGACUCCGACAUGGUUAUGAGCGUUUGCUCGUUCUGAUGGAUGCCAACGCGGACCCAGGACCACGUGAUGAUUACGUAGUCUUCAAAGAUGGCUUCUUAUCCAAUGAGAACACGCCUCUCUUGCAAGACUUUUUGACGGAACAUGACCUUUGCCUCCCAGACAUUGAGUCCCAUGUUGAUGAGUUCAAUCAUCACCUUCUCCAUGGAGUUGCCAACCAUUGUCCACAACCACAACGGGCCCCGAAGAAACCCAUCUUCACAGCAGAGCUCUGGCAAUUACGGGAGACAAAGUUAGCCACCAAGAAAGCGCUCAAGGACAUCUCCAAGCGACAGAAACAAGAGAUGUUACUGUUCUGCUUUUCAGCUCUUCGAUCUCGAACUGCUAUCUCCGUGGAUGGUGGCUUCUUCUGGCAAUACGACACAUGGUUGCUGUGCAGCCGGGUCCGAGCAUACUGCAAGUUCCACUGCAGUGCCAACCAAUUGCGAGGAAGACUUCAGCAUGCCAAAUAUGGGCAGCUCAAAGACAUUUUGAGUGGCAUGACUGCUACCACACCUGCAGCGAACAUUUUGCACGAAGUCAAGAACCUCAUUGGUCCAACAAAUCUCAAGAAGGUCAAGGCCACAACCCUGCCCUAUGUGAGGAAUCAUCAAGGACAAGUUUGUCAGAGUCCUACCGAAGCCCUGGACACCUGGAUAUCCUUUUUCCAAACGAUGGAAGGCGUCCAUCAGGCGAGAGCCUACCUUCGGUCUCGCAAGCAGCAAGGGCUCAAUGUGGGGAUGGUGUUCCUAGAUCUGUGCGAAGCGUUUUAUCGCAUCGUCAGAGAGAUGGCAAUGGGAGGCAUUACAAGUGAUGAGACCAUUGCAAGGAUGCGUCAACGGCUCAAAUUGGGGCAGGAUACCAUGCGAGAAUUGUAUCAACACCUGGACAAGGCCUCCGCCAUUGAAAGAGACUGCUGGGCGGAUUUCAUCUUCAGCUUCCUCUGGGCACGUCUUUUACAUGAGUUGGCGGAUGAGCUCAAACCCCUUGACAUUCUGGACUCCAUCCCCCAACAUGGUGGACUCAGAUGUGAAGGGAUUGCCGCAGACCCAGAAGACACUGAGAUGACUGGUCGAGAUGAUUAUCUUGGACCCACUUGGAUGGACGACUCCUGUUUUUGCUUUGCUGCCACUGACCCAUUGACGCUUGAGAGAAAGGCGGCCAAUUUGUGCGGCUUGCUCAUACAGAGAUCCCAGUCCUAUGCAAUGACGCCCAAUCUCCAACCGGGGAAGACAGCUGCGCUCUUGGUCUUUCAAGGUCAUGGUGCAGCAGCUGCCAGGAAGCGAUUCUUUGGCCCUCAAACGGACUCCAGUCUUCCAGUUUUACUUGAAGGAGGCGUUCAACGAGUGCAGGUGGUUGCCUCCUAUGUGCACCUGGGAAGCCUCCUGCACCAUCGGGGGGACAUGCGACAAGAAGCACGACGCCGGUUCAGCAUCGCUCAAGGAGCUUUCCAACACCACAGGAAAGUCCUCUAUCAAAACAAACAGCUGCCUCUUCAGCGGCGAGCAGAACUCUUCCGCACACUCAUCUUGAGUAAGUUUGUGUACGGAUGCGACUCCUGGACGCUCAUGGAGAAGCACACUCGACAUUAUGUGCAUACCUCAUUGAUGAAGCUCUACCGACGUCUACUUCCUCAGGCAUAUAUCAAAUUGUACAGCGAUGAAGAAGUUUUGCAGCUGACUGGCCUAUCAGAUCCGUCUGAUUUGUUCCGACAGCAACGGUUGCGACAUUUGGGGGCCCUCUACUCCUGUUCUGACUCAGUUCCUUGGGGGCUUCUCAAUGCAGAUACGGAAUGGACGCAGUUGGUGAGGAGCGACCUUGAGUGGAUGUGGUAUCAACUUCGAUCCUCAUCCAAGCUUCCGGAUCCGCAUCACCACUUUGGUGCGUGGGUCAGUCUCAUGAAAGACCACCGGCGCUACUGGAAGAAGUUAGUACGUCGAGCUGGUGAUCAUGCAGCAGCACAAAGAGACAAUCUUUUCUCAGUGACUCAAUUCCACAGAGCCAUUUUGCAACAACUUCAUCAAGCACAAUGCCUUGUACAAGGACCACCGUCAGAAGUGCGCACAUUGGCAGGGCCGGCUUAUGGUUGUAUGCAAUGUCAAAGGAAGUUUGCAUCUCGAGGUGGGUGUGGAGCGCACAUGUUCAGAGCACAUGGACACAUUCACCCAGUCCGACGCCUAUUUGACACGACGCAGUGUGGAUGUUGCCUUCGAGAAUUUCACAGCUAUGGCAGGUUGAAAGCUCAUCUAAUUCGAGCAGACUACUGCCGACACAGCCUUCAGAGGCGCAAUCAUUAUGUGGUUCCAGCGGCAGGCAUUGGAUCCAGUGAGAACGACCACCAAGAACGAAUCCUGGAUGGACUUCUCCCUCCUCUACCUGGCCAUGGACCUCAUUUACCUCAAGGGCGACAUGGAGUGGCCUUGGACUAUAAUUUGAUCAUUUUUGAAGAGAUCUACAUGCGCAUGCUCGAGGUCACUUCGGUUGCUGAAGGCGAAGCUGUACUGAGAGCGGUUGCUUCAGAGAUUCCUACCACUUGGGAAGACUUCCGCCAGACGCUGCAAGCCUUGGUGCGUGAGGCCACUCCCGAAGAUACGGCAGUACUGGGUAUCAGUGCAGAGGAUUUCUUUGGUAUCUUGCGUAGAUUUAGCCUUGAAGCGCAGUGGUCUUUCCUUUGUGAAGAAACCGAAAUCGUAACUGAACAUUGGCAUCGAGAAUUGCACGUCUUGGAAGAUUUCUGCACUACGGAAGCGCAGACGACUCAUUCACGUCAGGGACAUGCAGGAGUUCCACGGGGCUUUGGAGCAGUUCGCUACGUGUUGCACGCAUUUUCCGGCAGACGCGCAAUUCAUGCUCGAUGGGUGGUAGCCAUUAUUGGCGGUCCUCCUUGCGAGACCUGGUCGCAGGCCAGGGAACGCUCCAUCGCAGAUCAUGCUUUUGCCCCAAGAGUUUUGCGCGUCCCGGAGACUCCGUGGGGCCAUCCUUCACUCCGUUUGAAGGAACUGAGGCAGAUCCGCGUGGGCAAUGACCUCAUGGGCUUCAUCUUGGAAGCGGUCGUCAUGCUCUAUUGCGUUGGUGGUGUGGCAGCGCUUGAGCACCCGGCAGCGCCGACCUCUGAGGAAUCUGUUUCCAUUUGGCGGACACCGAUUUUGGCCUUGCUUUUGUCUCUGCCAGGCAUUGAACUUGUUUCAUUGGCACAGGGUCUUUGGGGUGCAAAUCCCCCAAGUUCAACGUCUUUUUUGCUUGUGAAUGCGCCUGACAUGAGACAAGCACUGCGCAAGUGGCAGAUUACCCGAGAGUUACCAAAGGGUAUCUCUAUCGGAAGGGACCAAGCUGGAGGCUGGUCCACCUCAGUUUUGAAGGAAUACCCGCCAUCCCUGAACGGAGGCUUGGCUGAAGGUAUCCUGGCUGCUAUAGGACAGUGCGCGAGUGACCCAUCUGUCACUGUUCCGAUUAGCUUUGCGGACCGCUGUGCCUCCAUGAUGUGUGCAGAAUAUGGAGAACACAUCGGUCCAGACUAUGCCGGCUGA